CAUGCUGUGGUUACUCGCGUGCACACUCGGCCUUGUGGCGACAGGAAGUGUUCACUGCCAAGAUGAAGAGCUGCAGCCAGUUCUCCAAUACUACCAAGGCUCAUCAAUAGAUUCUGGGCUUGUGGCAGAUGCUGAUGGUUUCCACCUGAACAACAAGAACCUCACUAUAUUCAGUGGUGCACUACACUAUUUCCGAGUGCAUCCUUCUUACUGGGAAGACAGAAUAGCCAAAAUUAGUGCUAUGGGACUGGUUGCUGUUGAAACAUAUGUACCCUGGAACUUACAUGAGCCUGAAGAAGGUGUUUACGACUUUGGAGAUGGAGACAGAGAAUUCUCUCCAUUUUUGGAUCUGGAUUUAUUUAUUCAAAAGGUUUAUGAAGCUAAUCUUCUUUUGCUGAUACGGCCUGGACCAUACAUUUGUGCAGAAUGGGAAUUUGGUGGAUUGCCAAGUUGGCUCCUGAGAAUACCUGAUAUCAAAGUCCGAACAUCUGAUGAGAAAUAUACUUCAAAAGUAAAAGCAUACUUUGAUAAACUCCUACCAAUUAUUGCAAAGUGGCAAUUCAUAAAAGGUGGACCCAUCAUUGCAGUCCAGCUGGAAAAUGAAUAUGGAGGAACAGGUGCCAAUGAUAAAGAAUAUCUAGAAUUUUUACGUGACCUGUACAUCAGUCAUGGGAUUGAUGGAUUAUUCUUCACAUCUGAUACGCCAGGUCGUAGUGGUGACCGUGGUGCCUUGGAUGGAGUGUUACAGACAGCAAACUUCAAGUUCUUCCCAGAGGUUCAGCUUAAUGUGCUGAGAGAAUUACAGCCAGAUAAACCAGCAAUGGUCAUGGAAUACUGGGCAGGAUGGUAUGACCACUGGAUGAACGGCAGACAUGCAAGUACUUCAGCAGCACGUUUCCGAAACAUAUUGGAAAGAAUCAUAACAUAUCCUGCCUCCUUCAACCUCUACAUGUUCCAUGGAGGGACAAGCUUUGGAUUCAUGAGUGGAGCAAAUGCUGCAUCAUCAUUCCCAACCUAUAAACCACAAGUUACAAGCUAUGAUUAUGAUGCACCACUGACAGAGGCAGGUGACUACACAGACAAGUACACGGCAGUGCAAGAGCUCUUGGAUCAGUAUGCUCCCAAGAAAUUCCUCAAAGCAGAUGCUCCAAAAGAGACUACUAAAGUAGCCUAUCCUGAUGUCCCUCUUCUUGGACAGCUGAGUUUGGAUGAUUUAGUUGCACAAGUGGAUGCUGGAGAUUGUGUUAAUGCAACUGAUAUUCUGACAAUGGAAUUUCUUGACAUCAACAAUGGCAAUGGGCAAAGUUAUGGUUUUGUGCUUUACCGAAAAAGUGAUGCAAUAAUUGGAGAAAACUCAGUAUUACAAAUUAUUGGUCAUGUCCGAGAUCUAGCAGUAGUUCUUGUUGAUGGAGAAAACAUAACUGAACCACUAACUUCAAAGGAACAGUUGAAAAACUUUGGUUUUUGGGAACAAAGUAAUGCCAGCACAACACUGAGUGCAGAAGCCAGUGUUCCACACACGCUGGACAUACUAGUUGAGAACUGGGGACGUGUUAACUAUGGCAGACUCGACAGUGGUGUUUUUGAUCAGAGGAAAGGAAUUGUGUCAGGACCUGUACUGAUUGAUGGGACAGCUAUCUCAGACUGGCAAAUCUUUGCUCUUCAGUUCAAGAAGAAAUGGCUUCAGAGCUUGACUGGGUGGCAGCCAGUUGACGAUUCAAUUCGUGGUCCUGUAUUGGUUCGAGCCAUCUUUGAUGUUGGUUCUGCACCAAAUGACACUUUCAUUGAUAUGAGUGACUGGGGGAAGGGAUCAGUCUUCCUUAAUGGCUUCCCUCUUGGUCGCUACUUCAAUCUUGGCCCUCAGAGAACACUAUAUGUGCCUGCACCAUUGCUUGUACAGGGAUCCAAUGAGGUACUCAUAUUUGAGCUCUACACACCUGCCACAAAAGUUGUCUUCAGUGACUCACCAAUUCUAGGCUAAAAUAUAGAACACUACAGUUUAUAAAUACAUCAACCUGUUUUUACGUUGCUGUCUUUGUAGCUAUUACUGGCCAAGAAAAAUGUAUUUUGUUCUGAGAUGUAAAAUAGACAUUGUUUCUUAGUUUAACUCUGACACCAGAGCCAGAUUGAUUUUUCAUCAAGGAAAGCUUUAUCAGACUCAACAAAAACAUCUUUUGGCUAUUUUCAUACCUUCUAAUGACCCCAUUGUUGACGAGAUGUUAAAUCCUAAUCUUCCGUUCUUCUACCUGCAUAACUGUGUAUAUCUGUAAU